AUGCAAUCCUCGAGAUCUUCAGAAGACACAAUGAAGCCUGAGCGAGGGACUCACGGAGACGAUGAAGACUCUCUCCUCGACGAACAUGAGGCAGGUGGACUGGAGAAACUACAGCUCAGACCACGUCGAAAAAGAAAGUGGCCCCGAUUCUCCACCAUCCUCUCCGCCUUCACACUAAUCUCCACGCUCCUCGCCAUCGGUCUACUCACUCUCCUCCUCUCCCGCCAAAAUCAUCUCCACCACCACGGCAAAGUCUCCCUCAACGACACUCUCACCUUCACCCAAUGGAAAGACUGCGGCACAAACUCCACCCAAGCGCGAGCCAAAGGCUGCGUCUUCGACGUCCUCCUUACAACCUGGAUCCACGCCGACUGCUUCGACGCCGAACUCCACGAGCGCUAUCUUGAGUCCCACACCUUCCCCUUCUACCGCCUAGGCUCCAUGGAAGAACCCAUCACGUUGGACGAAGUCCGGCAGGGUGACUACAUCGAGAUCUACACCAAUUUGUACUACCACUUCGUCCAUUGCGGGUAUGCGUGGGAGAUGAUUCUGAGGGCGUAUAGGAGGGGCAAGGCGAUUGAGGGCGAGUUGUGGGCGAUGAGCCAUACUAAGCAUUGUGUGUAUCAUUUGGUGGAAAGACCGGAGUUGGAGCUGGAUCGGACAGUGUUGAAUGUGGGAUUUGAGACUUGUGGGCAGCCGUACUACUGA